UACUCUUCGAACGUCGGAAUUCAACGUUUACCAACACUAAACGAAUAAUUGGUGUUAGGACUGAAAAUUGUCAUUAAAUUCUAUAAAUUAGCGAGAUAUUAAAUAAAAGAAAUAUACAGCAUGUCCGCCAAGCAAAAUUCGAAGAAGUUCAAGUGGGCACUGGACUUCAACGUGAGCAAAAAUGCUGAUAUUCCAUCGCCGCUGGGCUACAAUCCCUCUGCCCUGGUGAACCAAAGCGAGGUGGUUCGCGACCAGCGCCUGGUGAUCAAAAAAUCGUGGGACCUUGCCCUUGGGCCUUUGAAGAACAUACCCAUGAACCUGUUCAUCAUGUACAUGUCCGGCAACUCGAUCUCCAUCUUCCCCAUAAUGAUGGUCGGCAUGAUGCUGAUUCGGCCCAUCAAGGCCAUCUUCACCACCCAGGUGACCUCCAAGAUGGCCGAGGGAGCGCAGGGGACUGGACAGCGCAUAGUCUACUUCCUGGGCAACUUGGCCAACGUUGCGCUUGCCCUCUACAAGUGCCACAGCAUGGGGCUGCUGCCCACCCACGCCUCCGACUGGCUGGCCUUUGUACAGCCCCAAACGCGCCUGGAAUAUUACGGCGGAGGAAUUUCCUUCGUCUAGUUUUACAUAUUACACUGCUUUAUUUCAUCAUAGAUAAAUUUGUUUAAACUGAAAAUAGAGACUCAUUGCACCUGUCA